AAGAAGACGAGUGCCGUGACGGAGGAGACUCUGUGGAGGGUCAUCACGACAGAAAAAUCGUGAUUUGUUCGGCGCGUCGGGACGUCGAUCGCAUCCCUGAGCUGCGGCUUUCUGCUCAUCGUGUGAAGCCGGUCGGCGGCCUUACGUGAGCCCGUGCAGCCGUGUGUUCAUUCUGGAGGCAGCAAGAGGGUGUAUGUCGGCUCCAGACACCAAGUCUGAGCCGUCAGGACAGCUAUCGACGGCCCAGGGGGACACGCUGCCUGAGCCAGACCUCAAGAUUAUUCUUCUGGGCGACUCAGCCGUCGGCAAAUCAAAGUGAGCGUCGGGAAGCCUCAAGCUUUGCUGCCCCUGCACUGCCUUGCAUUGCUCUGUGGUGUGUGCGCGCCUUGUGUUGUGUCUGUCGGUGAGCAGGCUUGUGGAACGGUUUCUGCUUCAGAACUAGUAAGAAAAGCCAUACACUCAAUCAAUGAAGGCGAGCCAUAGCAGUUCGUUGGCUAUGUUGUCAUGUCAGCAACCCGAGGCAGCUGUCGACGUACGCGUUGACUCUCUUUCGCCAUUACGAGACCAUCGAUGGCAAACGAUACAGCGUUGGUCAGCGAGCGACGAGCCGCCCAUCACAUGGCAUUGCACGGGAGUACUCAUGGCGCCUUCGUUGUGUGGGUCAUGCUAUUCAGAUUUCUGGGACACUGCUGGUCAGGAGCAGUUCGAUCACCUGCACCCGAGCUACUACUACAGGGCAGACGCGUGCAUUCUGGUGGGCCCCAGGAUGGAUGGCUCACCAACGCGAGACGCACAAGGGUGCUUGUAUGUAUCUAUCGUGUGUGUGUGUGUGUCGUGUUAAUUGUGCAGGCCUUUGAUUGCACGCGCAAGGGCACCUACAAGAGCCUUGACAAGUGGUACAGGGAGCUGCGGGAGUACAGGCCUGACAUUCCCUGCAUACUCGUCGCAAACAAAAUCGACGGUAGGCAGACAGCACAGCACGCACAUCACAUCCAUGCCCACCUCAUCUCGUCCGUGUCGUCUGUCUGUUCCCUCUGUGGCUCAGUUGACGAGAGCGUGACGCGAAAGAGGUUCCAGUUUGCGACGAACAACAGCCUGCCCUUCUACUUCGUGUCAGCAUCCAACGGCACCAACGUCGUCAGGGUCAGUCAGCACACGGCAAGAGAGACACAAACACACAAACAUACACACAAACACACGCACACGUACAUCAAUCAAUGCUCUCUCUCUGUUUGGCCUCCCGUUGCCUGCGGUACAUACAGGUGUUCCGCGAGGCCAUUCAGCUUGCGGUUCACCACCAGCUGCACCCGAAAGACGAGGUGACCUCGGAGAUCCUGAGGUUACUGCGCAGCGACGACCACACCGCCGCCCCCAACGCCCCUCCCUUCGACCCGCCCCUCUCCCCCUCCCCCUCCCACCCGUCAUCACGCCAGUCGCCCCACCAGCCGCCACCAGAAGGUGGCCUGAUGGGGCAGGGGCAUCCCAGGGGACUGGUGUCUGUGUCGGAGUCGUCACGGGCAGGGCAGCAGUGGAGGGAAAACGGAUGAUGAUUCGCACAUCACAUCUGUGCGUGCCGUGCCGUGUGGGUGGCGUGACGGACACUUGGUGGUUGUGGUGAUGAUAAGAGAGAGACGGAUGGAGUCUCGGAUGGUGCGUGUCUGCCUUGUGGAUGGAUGGCCGGCCAUCUUUCUUGGGAGGGGAGCCUCUGUGGGUGGGCAGGGGAGGAGUGUCGGUGUACGCUCAGCUGCAUUGCAUGAGCUCUUUCGCGUCAGUCAGCUGCGUGAUUGCGUGCGUGUACAUACUUACAUACAUACGAAUCAAUCGGUAGGACUGAAGACCUUGCCACACACGCGUAGCUGAAUCCUCCAUGGAUCCAUGGGUAGCGUGUCAGUUCACCAGCACCACAAGGAAGGCAGGCCGCACACACUUGUGCUGAUCUCACC